GCCCCGCCGCCGCCCCACAGCCCCGCGGUCAGGCCGCACCCAGCCCCGCGAAGACAGCACCAGGAGGCGGCCCCGAGCGCGGCCACAAAGACCCCCGGCGGCGUCUCUCCGCAGACCGGUUCAACUUUAACUCCGUCAUGUCCUUCGGCAGAGACAUGGAGUUGGAGCACUUCGAUGAAAGGGAUAAGGCGCAGAGAUACAGCCGAGGGUCGCGGGUGAACGGGCUGCCCAGCCCCACGCACAGCGCCCACUGCAGCUUCUACCGAACCCGCACGCUGCAGACCCUCAGCUCUGAGAAGAAGGCCAAGAAAGUUCGUUUCUAUCGAAACGGAGAUCGAUACUUCAAAGGGAUUGUGUAUGCCAUCUCCCCAGACCGGUUCCGAUCUUUUGAGGCCCUGCUGGCUGAUUUGACCCGAACUCUGUCGGAUAACGUGAAUUUGCCCCAGGGGGUGAGAACAAUCUACACCAUCGAUGGGCUCAAGAAGAUUUCCAGCCUGGACCAGCUGCUGGAAGGAGAGAGUUAUGUGUGUGGCUCAAUAGAGCCCUUCAAGAAGCUGGAGUACACCAAGAACGUGAACCCCAACUGGUCCGUGAAUGUCAAGACCACCUCUGCUUCGCGGGCAGUGUCCUCGCUGGCCACCGCCAAAGGGAGCCCUUCGGAGGUGCGGGAAAAUAAGGAUUUCAUUCGGCCCAAGCUGGUCACCAUCAUCAGAAGUGGAGUGAAGCCGCGGAAAGCUGUCAGGAUUCUGCUGAACAAGAAGACGGCUCACUCCUUUGAACAGGUUCUCACUGACAUCACCGAUGCCAUCAAGCUGGACUCGGGAGUGGUGAAACGCCUCUACACCCUGGAUGGGAAGCAGGUGAUGUGCCUUCAGGACUUCUUUGGUGACGAUGACAUUUUUAUUGCAUGUGGACCGGAGAAGUUCCGUUACCAGGAUGAUUUCUUGCUAGAUGAAAGUGAAUGUCGAGUGGUGAAGUCCACUUCUUACACCAAAAUAGCUUCAUCAUCCCGCAGGAGCACCACCAAGAGCCCAGGACCUUCCCGGCGCAGCAAAUCCCCGGCAUCAACCAGCUCAGUUAAUGGAACCCCUGGGAGUCAGCUCUCUACUCCGCGCUCGGGCAAGUCUCCAAGCCCAUCACCCACCAGCCCUGGGAGCCUGCGGAAGCAGAGGAGCUCUCAGCAUGGCGGCUCCUCCACUUCACUGGCAUCCACCAAAGUCUGCAGCUCUAUGGACGAGAACGACGGACCUGGAGAAGGUGAAGUGCUGGAGGAAGGCUUCCAGAUUCCAGCCACAAUAACAGAACGAUAUAAAGUCGGAAGGACAAUAGGAGAUGGAAAUUUUGCUGUUGUCAAGGAAUGUGUAGAAAGGUCGACUGCUAGGGAGUAUGCUCUGAAAAUUAUCAAGAAAAGCAAGUGUCGAGGCAAAGAGCACAUGAUCCAGAACGAGGUGUCUAUUCUAAGAAGAGUGAAGCACCCCAAUAUCGUUCUUCUGAUCGAAGAGAUGGAUGUACCAACUGAGCUGUAUCUUGUCAUGGAAUUAGUAAAGGGAGGAGACCUCUUCGAUGCCAUCACUUCCACUAACAAAUACACUGAGCGAGACGCCAGUGGGAUGCUGUACAACCUGGCCAGCGCCAUCAAAUACCUGCACAGCGUCAACAUCGUCCACCGUGACAUCAAACCAGAGAAUCUGCUGGUGUACGAACACCAAGACGGCAGCAAAUCGCUGAAGCUGGGCGACUUUGGACUGGCCACCAUUGUAGACGGCCCCCUGUACACCGUGUGUGGCACCCCGACAUAUGUGGCCCCUGAAAUCAUUGCAGAGACCGGAUAUGGCCUCAAGGUGGACAUCUGGGCAGCUGGUGUAAUCACUUACAUCCUGCUCUGUGGUUUCCCUCCAUUCCGUGGAAGCGGUGAUGACCAGGAGGUGCUUUUUGAUCAGAUUUUGAUGGGGCAAGUGGACUUCCCUUCUCCAUACUGGGAUAACGUUUCUGAUUCUGCAAAGGAGCUCAUUACCAUGAUGCUGUUGGUGGAUGUAGAUCAGCGAUUUUCAGCCGUGCAGGUCCUCGAACAUCCCUGGGUUAAUGAUGACGGCCUCCCAGAAAAUGAACAUCAGCUGUCAGUAGCAGGAAAGAUAAAGAAGCAUUUCAACACAGGACCGAAACCGAAUAGCACAGCAGCUGGAGUUUCUGUCAUAGCAACCACCGCUCUUGAUAAGGAGAGGCAGGUUUUCCGACGAAGACGCCACCCGGAUGUGAGGAGCCGGUACAAGGCCCAGCCAGCUCCGCCCGAACUCAACUCGGAAUCGGAAGACUACUCCCCGAGCUCCUCCGAGACUGUUCGCUCCCCAAACUCGCCCUUUUAACAAGACCCUUUUACUCAAAGUCCUAGCUUAACCCUUUGAGACUCUGAGAUUUGUUUUUCCAAAUUUAUGUAAAACAGUUUCAUCUGAUCUACCUAGCACUCAAUGCUUGAAUGGCCGAGCAGAACAGUGUGUUUUCUGGUAUCCUUGUAGCGAUUUCCCUUUGCUGAAUGAGACUGUGACUUGUCGUUGGUGGAGAUGGCAACUUGCUGCUAAUCGGGUCCUCAAAGGGUUAAGGCUACUUUGCAACUUUUUUAAACAUAGAAGCAAUGAAUGUUUUCAUCAGUCAAUCUAGGAUCUGCAGUAUGUAACAUAGCACUUGUUAACCCUCUGAGUGCAUAGGAUUUUAUGGGGAACCUUGGGGGAUUUUUCAGGCCUUUGGAUUUAUACACACAUGUUUCUUGACUUUGCUGCAGAUCAAGGGGUUGUUAUUAGAUGCUGAGAUGUCCAGACAAGAAGAGUGUCUAGAAUGAUAUCUUGCGUGUCCUUUUUUGUGGGUUUAGAACAUGGCAGGUUUAUAACUUAAGCAUCAGCACCCCCUCUUUCCUCUUCACAAUCCUAUUAAGAAAGGGGCUUUUUUUGCAUUGGAGGUCUAACUGUCAGCUGCCCUGAGUCCUGCAUCCUGAGUGGAGGGACUUGGGCCUGUGACCAACAGCCUGACCCAGGAUAUAGAUGGUGCCCUGACCCCCAAAUUGCCUCCAUAUGAAGAUGUGCUGAUGACGCCCCAGAAAUGCUGCUUCCACUUCAGCUGCUGCUACUGCCAGCGCAGACCCUCAGGAAGGCACCAUAUCUUGUCCUGUGUUUGGUGAGUGAGAGUCUGCCUGCUCAGUAUGAGACCUCUACAGGAAAAAACAAACAAAACACACAACUGGUGGAAAAGAGCAAUAAAUUGCCAGGUGCUCUAUAGGGCUGGAAUGUCAAACAGAAAGAGGCAACAAGAUCCUGUUCUUUUUCUCACCUGCUUUUUCAUGCAUUUCAGUCUUCAGUGUGCAAUCCACAUAGAGUAUGGAAUCCGUAAAAAGGAGGAGCACCGGGUCAUAGGGGCCCAGAGGCAGGUGCUCUGCAAGAUGGCCGAGGAGAAAGCAGAGUGGGCAAACAAUCUAGAAUAGUCUCAAAAUGGUUUUUAAAGAAAUAAACCAUUGGGAAGAUAAUUCCAUGUGCAUCUUUGGGUUACCAUCUUUUGGUUACCUCAGGGAGAACAGGAAUGGGAGACCUAGAGGGUAUUCCUGAGGAUAAAACUUCCACUCCCUAAGAUGACUUUUUUUUUUUUUUUUUGCGGUAC